ACAUGUCAUUUUGCAAGAUGGCGGCGCCCAGUGUAGAUUUGACGUUAUUCAUCCCCUUUUCCUAGUUUCUAAGCUCAUAACUGGUACUUUAACAUUUAUGUUGUAGACGUGCGUGGACGCCAUGGCUUCUGUAAAAGUAGCUGUGCGAGUGAGACCCCUCAAUCAGAGGGAGAUCGACUUAAAGAGUGGGAGUAUUAUCGAGAUGGAAGCCAAGAGAACGACCAUCACAAACGUUAAGAUGGUGGAAGGUGCAGAAGGAGACCAUGGCAGAGAGAGACAGAAGCACUUCUACUACGACUAUUCCUAUUGGUCGGCAAAAAGCAGUGACCCACAUUUUGCUUCACAAGAACAGGUACACAAAGACCUAGGUGAGGAUGUGCUGGAGAAUGCCUUUGAAGGUUACAACGCCUGCAUCUUUGCUUACGGACAGACGGGUUCAGGGAAGUCCUACACCAUGAUGGGAGAUCAGAACACACCGAAUCAACAAGGCCUUACACCCAGGAUUUGUGAGGGUUUGUACUCACGAAUUGAAGCUAAUGAUGAAGAGGGCAUUUCCUACAGGACAGAAGUAAGCUAUCUAGAGAUCUACAAUGAAAGGGUUCGUGACUUGCUAAGAACACCAAGAAAAGGAAUGGCUGCAGGCCACACCUUGAAGGUUCGAGAACAUCCCAAGGAAGGACCAUAUGUACAAGACCUUUCUAAACACCUUGUUCAGGACUAUGGAGACAUAGAACAGCUGAUGGACAGGGGAAACAGUAUCAGGACAACAGCCUCCACCAACAUGAAUGAUGUCAGCAGCCGGUCUCAUGCCAUCUUCACCAUUGUGUUUACACAGGCCAAGUUCAACAGGGAGAUGCCCAGCGAGACUGUCAGCAAGAUUAACCUGGUGGAUUUGGCAGGAAGUGAGAGGGCCAGUGCAACAGGUGCCACCGGGGACAGGUUAAAGGAAGGAGCCAACAUCAACAAAUCCCUGGUGACUCUGGGAAACGUCAUUUCAACCCUCGCGGACCAAUCCAUUGCCAGCUCCUCAGGUCAUGGCAGCAAGAAGAAGUUCUUCAUUCCGUACCGAGACUCUGUCCUGACCUGGCUACUCAAGGACAGCCUGGGAGGGAACUCCAAGACAAUCAUGAUCGCAACUAUCUCUCCUGCAGCUGUGAACUAUGGAGAAACCCUCAGUACACUUCGCUAUGCAAACAGAGCCAAGAAUAUCAUCAACAAACCCACUAUCAACGAGGAUGCCAAUGUGAAGUUGAUCCGUGAACUACAAUCAGAAAUUAUAAGGUUGAAAUCCUUACUUGGAGGAGAUGCUGGUGUUUCCAGCAUGUCUCCGUUUGGACCACAUGAGGCAGAGCUGAGGAAACUUCAGCAGAAUGAAGCUCAGGUGAAAGAGCUCACCGCCCAGUGGAUGAACAAGUGGAAGGAGACAUACGAUAUCAUGAAGGAGCAGACCCUGGCCCUGAGGAAGGAGGGAUACGGGGUGGUACUGGACUCAGAACUCCCACACCUCAUCGGCAUCGAUGAUGACCUGCUCAGUACAGGAAUCACACUCUACAGGCUUAAGGAGGGAAAGACCCUGAUUGGCAGAGAGGAUGCCAACCCCAAACCUGAUAUAAUCUUGUGGGGCGUGGACUUGGAGAGUAAUCACUGUGAGAUUGAGAACAGCAAUGGCAAGGUCACCCUGCUACCCAACAACAACGCCCUCUGUUCCGUCAAUGGGGAUAUUGUCAACCAGCCAACUCCGCUUAACCAAGGUGCUGUGAUCCUGCUGGGCAGGACCAACAUGUUCAGGUUCAACCAUCCUGCAGAGGCAGCCAAGCUCAGGGCAGAGAGAAAGUCGUUGACCCCAGCUGACACCUAUCCUGAUCUGAAGAUGAGCCACUCCAUGACUGACCUGUCAGCUAUAGAUGAGAACCUUAACCCUGCCAUGCUCUUCAACCCUGGAAUGGAGUUGGAAAGAAAGCAUAGAAUACAGCUGGAAAAACUGGAAGAAAAAAGUGGCACAAGGCUGAAUCUGGCCGGCUGCUUGUGGAGAUUACGACAUAUAGAGGAACUUGAGGAGGAACACCGUAAAGCAGAGGAUGAAAGGAUGGCGGAGCAGAGAGCCAAGGAGCAGGAGCUCGAACAGAGAAGGCUCCAGGUGGAGAAGCUGCAGCAGGAGAGUCUGACGGUGAAACGUGAGGCGGAGGAGGUUCAACAGAAGAUCAAGAAGGAACGGGACGCCCUGAAGAGGAGGAGCAUGGACAUCGAGAAACAACUCAGGGACUACAUGCAGGAGAAGGAGAAAUUCCAGGUGGAGAAGAUUCAGGAGAUUCAGGCGAGGGAGGAGGAGCGCGCUCAGUUUGAGAAGGAGAGGAAAGAACGGGUCCUGGAGCGACAGAAACUGGAGAAGGAGAAUGAAGAGAUCAAGCUGAGGAUGCAGGAUGAACUCCAGAAACUUGAGGAGAUGGAGGAGACACAGAAGCAGGCAGCUGAGGCAGCCAAGCAGCAAAUAGCCACAGAACUGGCCAGUCUGGAAACAGAGAGGCAGCAACAGAAGAACAGGUUGGAGGCAGAAAUGAGGAGGCUUGCUGAACAGGAGGCUGUGCAGAGGGAACGUGCCCAGAGGUUUGAGGAGGACAUCCAGCAGCAGAGAGAGGAACUGCAGCAGGAGAAGGAUGAGGAGAUGAGGCUGGUAGAGGAAGAGAAAAGAAAGGUUGAAGAACUGAAGACAGAGUUAGGGAGACUGAGGACAGACGCAAACACCAAGAAGCAGGAUCACCAGAAAGAGUUGGAGCUCGCCGUACAAAGGUUUGAGGAGCUGGAGAGAGAAAAGAUGUCGGCCAUCGCUAAGAAGGAAGAGAAGCUGCAGAAGAAGAAGGACAGGUUGGAGAGGGAGAUCCAAGAUGGCCGCCAGCAGCUGGAGUCUGACCUUGAGUUCCUGCACCACCGCGAGGUCAGACUAAAACAGAUCAGCGAGAUGGUCGACUUCGAAAACGAGGAGGAGAGACUGGAGGUGGAGAGAGAGGCCCAGGCUAUCGAGCAGGAGAGGAUGAGACUACAGGACCAGGAGCAGUGGCUCAACGACCAGGAGAAAGAACUAGAGGUCAUCCUCGCAGCAGACCAAAAGGUCCUCGAGGAGGAGAAGGCAAGCCUCCAAGAAGAGUUGAGCAAAGAGAAAGACAGGAUAGACGGCCUGCAGAUGACUCAGUCGGUGAUUGAGCGGCAGAUCGAGGAGAGCAGCGCGGCCCUGGAGAGGAGGACCACCAAGAUCAUGCAGGACGACGCGCGGCUGAACGAGCUGGAGCGGCAGAGGAAGGUCACGGUCUGCACGCUGGAGGAGGAGAAAAAACUACUGCAGGAGGAGAAACUGCAGCUGGAGAUCAUCGAGAAACAGCAGAGAGAGGACGCUGAGGUUGCCCUAGCUGAGAUCAAUCGGCGCCAGUGUCAGGUGGACCAGGAGACCCAGGAGGAGGUUGGGAAGAUCGAGAUGCAGCGGCGCAGACUGGAGAUGGAGCUGUCUGCCAGCGGCUCUCAUGUGCAAGGAAAAGACAGUCCGAGAUCAGGCACGUCCAGCCCAGUGUCUGGUACAGAGAGUCCGGUGGUGGUGAGGGAGAUCGAUGCCUCCUCAGACAGGACAGAACAACAGGAGUUACUGAUGGAGAGGAGACAGCACAUGGCGGAGAAACAACAGCUAGAGGAGAGGGUCAAGGAACUCCAAGUCAUAGAGGAACAGUACAAGAUGGCCAAGCAGGAGCUCCUGGAGAAACAGCACAAGUUUGAAGAGGAGCGUCAGCUGGAACUGGACAGGAUUGAGAUGGAGAAGGUCAAGUUGAAGGAACUGGAGGACCAAGAGAAGUACGCUGAAGCCGUGAGAAACCCCCUGGAGUCCCUUGUGGAGGAGGAGGUUGAGCGCAGGGUGCAGGAGGUGCGGCUGGAGCAGGAGCGCCGCCUAGCGGAACGGGACGAGAAGCACAAGCUGGAGCUGCAGCAGCAGAGGAGGGAGAUGGAGAGGGAGAUGAGGAAGAUGAAGAUGAAGUACCAGGCCAGGUCCAUGCCCAGCUUGGCAUCAGGAGAAGGGAGGCCAACCUCUCACGACACCCAGGCUGCCGUACAGAGUCCAACCGACUUCAGCUUGAAUAACAACCGUAGACACAAAACCCUGAAACUCAAGUAUGAUGCCAUCCUGAACAGACCAGUGGACCUGGAUGUCACCAAGAUUAAGGACCCCAUCAAAAUAACCAUACCUCGCUUUGUCUCACGAGGGUAUGGGAAGGAGGAGCACUUCGAGUUUGAAGUUAAGACAGAUGUGCUGGGUGAAGUGUGGACCAUCUUCAGGAGAUACAGCAAAUUCAGGGAGCUACACGACAUGAUGAAGGGCAAAUAUCCAGAGGUUAAUGCUCUAGAAUUCCCUCCAAAGAAGCUUUUUGGCAACAAAUCUCAGAAACUGGCAGAAGAGAGAAGGGUGCAAUUAGAGGCAUACCUGAACAACUUCAUUGCUGUGUGCCUCCGGAACAAAGCCAGUCCACUCUACCCACGGAAAGACAAGCCCUUCUCCAAGCGAACCCUCUGUGACUUUGCGCCGUUCUUCAGAAAGGGCAUCUUCGAGUCCUCGGUGUAUCAAGUUGUAUAGGGGAGCAUUUCUGAUAAAUGGUUUGAACUGCAGGUGUGUGAGGUCAGGGGUGACAGUCCCAAGUUGUAAAAGUCUUUUGUCUGGACCAUGUCUAGAUGACUGUGUUUUGUUUAUGUCUCAGGGGCCUUCAUCAUUGAUAAAAAUACCCACAAUACAGCACACUGCACAUGCGCAGUUUAAACUGUGAACCACUUUAUUCCAGCUUCAGAUUUGUGGUACACGUACGGUCAAAAUUGUCCAGGAAGGUCACUUAUUAUGUCUUCUUAGUCAAAGAAGGAGAAAAAAAAUACUGCAGCAAAAUUUCCACCCAUGUGUAGACUGUAGACUGCAACAUUGACCCAAAUAAAAGUGACCCAGUCUAUGCCAUUUUACAUUGUGCAAAGACCGCCAUGCUGUCGUUGAAAUCAAUGGCAUACUGGCCGAUUCCAGCAACAUUUCUUGCUAGGUAUCAUCCCAAUAUCCGCCGCUGGUUUGAAUAUGAAGCGGUUUAAUUCAUGUCAGCAAGUAACAAAGCUUACGUCUAUGGGGAAAAAAUCAGAACCGAGAAAAAGCGGUUGUUAUGGCCAGAUGGCUGGCUUAUAGAUGUGGUUAUUUGGGUGUUUGACUGUACUUGGGAAACGAACAACUCACACAGCCAAGAGAGGUUCGAUUUUGCUUGCUUGCACACUGAUAAUUGCAAUCCAUGUUACAGACUGAAGAAACAGGAACUCAAAGACUCAACAUUUGUUUGUUACUUUUCUACAUUGCCUUAAUUUUAAGGGCACUCAAGCAGAAAUAUCAGAAGGAGGAUUAUGCUGUGUGUGGUGUAGCACCAACUCUCUUUGUCAUCAGCAAACAGCAUCAAAAUAGCUUUCUUUUUUCUCUUGCAAAACAAAACAAAAUUGUAUACAAGUGUACAGAUGAAAGCCUUUCUACUACAAAAGCAUCAAAUUCGCUCUGCAUUUACACCACUGUAAAGUUGUAUUUUCUAUGGUCUGUAUAGGUUUGAUCUAAUGUC